UUUUAACCCCGGCCCCGUGAUCAGCUGAUCACAGCCGAUCACCGGCUGACAAAUGAAGGACGUUAUUGUACAUUGACCAGAGAAAUAGGCUAAAUUUUGAACCUGGAACAGGAAUGGGCAUGGAGCUAUCAUUUAGUACAGUUUUUUAUGUAUAAAAUCAGUCUAGCAGUACAUUGAAACAGCAAUGACCAAAAGGACGACAAGCUUUUAUAAAUUUUCUUCCAUGAGGUUCUCUUUGUACCGAGUGUUGUGGCUGAAGGUUCAAGCUCUUUUUUGAGAAAGGUAAAGUCUGGGUGUGAUCUUGUUGGAUCUGCAUCAUUCAUAAGAGUCACUAAGGUCCACUAAGUCUCCAAGCCUGCACACACGUCCGUUAAUUGUGUUUCAAACAAACAAGCUUUAUUCACCACAUACACAAUCAUACAGAGUACAACAUGCCAUGAAAUGUUUUGUGUCCGAGCUGCGGACAGGCUGCAGACAUAGCCACGCUAUUCCAGGGCUUGGUUUUUAGCAUGGGGGGGUCUAGCCAGGACCCUUACUGAAUACUGGGAGGGAAUCAAACUUGUGACUCCCACUCCAAAGGUGUGUAGUCUUACCACUACAAUAAUAGCUGCCAAUUAUCAAUUACAGUCCCUUUUGGUAGUUGAUUUUGAAAUUUCUCAAACAGCACAAGCUCACAUGAUCAUGAUAGAUUUUAACUUUAUUAGCCUUUGACAUUUGUCUAAAAGCACCCUCUUGCAAUCUCUACAUAAGUUGGGGUGGCAGGUUUAUUUCAUAUUCCUAAAUUUUUACUUUUAAGAUUCACGCACUGAAACCUAUGCUUGCAGGACAGUGGAUUUCACAAUAUAAUUCAAACUGUCCUCAGUUGAAGAAGCUGUGCGUACUUGCAUCUCCCACUAUUUUGCAAUCUAACAAGACAGACCACACACCCUUUGGGCUGUGUAGUGCACCUGAUAUGCACUGAAUGCUAUAAAACUCUAGGAACGCUGAAAAAUAUGUAUUUGCAUCAGGUUCUCAGGUUCCGUCUCACUUUAAAGCUUUCUUCUGGUUUAAAAAGACAGCUUGAGUGGUGGUGCAGUUUUGUGGAGGUGGUAGUAGUAUUGGUAUUGCUAAAAUUACUCAGAGUGCUUUUUAGUUUAUUCAUGUGUUUCUAUUCUAGGUUUUCUUAACUGUGUCAAAUGGUGUCCUAACCACAGAAACUCCAACUGCAGAGGCCACUGUUCAAGGUUCUGGAGAGACGAAACUGAUUAUUGAGUCUAGCAGCCUGUUGGUCCUCAAUGACCUGCUGGCCAAAGUGUCCUAUACCAGCACCAUCUACCACAUAAACACUGGAGACCUUGUCACCUUCCAGUUUGAAAACUAUGAAGCCGUGUUUCCCAUUACCAUCCAGCAGCCUCAUGUACCAGUCCUGUAUGACAUGGGAACAGAUAUCAGCUCUCAAGUAACCAUCAUCACAAAGACCUUUCUGCGUUACAAACAACUGAGGGUGUUGUUGGACAGCAUCCGGAAAUUCUAUAGUGACAUUAAAGUGAUUAUUGCAGAUGACAGUUUACAACCAGAAAACGUUACUGGAGAAAACAUCCAGCAUUACAUCAUGCCUCCAGCACAGGGCUGGUUUGCAGGCAGAAAUCUAGCUGUUUCCCAGGUAACAACCAAGUACUUUCUGUGGGUGGAUGAUGACUUUUUGUUUUCAGAGAAGACAAAGAUAGAGAAGCUUGUGGAGGUGAUGGAGGCGGUCCCUGAACUAGAUGUGGUUGGUGGGUCAGUACAAGGGAACCGCUUUUACUUUUCUAUUCUAUAUGAGGAAGGAGAUGAAAAUGAAGGUGGCUGCCUAUACAGGAAAUCUGGUGGAAAAUUCCACCAUCUUCCUGGUUACCCACAAUGCCAUUUGGCCAGUGGAGUGGUCAACUUCUUCCUGGCUCGUACAGAUGCCAUGCAGAGGGUGAGAUUUGACCCCAAGCUCCAACGAGUAGCGCAUUCAGAGUUCUUCAUGGAUGGCCUGGGCUCUUUGAUGGUUGCCUCAUGUGGUGAUGUGAUAAUUGACCAUCAACCCAAAACACAGGAAAACCGUAAUCCUACCUACAACAAAUUCAGAUACCCUCAAAGAAGUGAAGGCAAAUUCAAACUGCAGCUUCACUUUUUCAAAAACCACCUUAAGUGCAUUAGAUAUGGAUAGAAGACCAUAAACGCACAUAAGGGUCACUUAUUGUCAUUACAUAUUGCACUUAAUCUGAACAUUUUCGUCUCUUUCAUUUUAAUUGUUUAGCCAUUACUCCAGGAAUGACAGAGCUUGGGAUUCAUGUGAAUAAAGCUAUUUUUUUCUUUCUGUUGGGUUUUAUUGUUCCUGAUUUUAUUUCUUUAUAAUUCUAUAGGCAGUUUGAUUUCUUAUGCUAUUGUUGAUAGGGUUAGUGUCAUAAGGUCAUGUUUUUAUUGUUUUUAUUGUUAAUCUAAUAUAUCUAGUAAUAACACAAUAGUUUGAGUUCCUCUUAUUGCCUUGUUUUUAUGGAGUGCUGGAUGCUGUUCUAGUUUAGAAUACUUGAAUUUUCAUUCAGUUUCAGGUCCUACUUUGAAUAUGUUUAUGUUUAGUUUCUUUGUUGUUUCCUUAACUGUUCUUCUCCCUCUCUUGUCUAGUGGUGCAAGGAUUGAUACUGAAAUACUGAUUCCUCCGAUACCAAAUAAUGUGUCUAUUUUAGUAGUUUGGGGAAAAUUGGAUUUUAUCAUUAACAGAAAAGCAGUAGGAAGUAACUAUAUUAUUGUGAUCAUUGAAAUGACUGGUAGGAACUACUUCCUCAUCCGCCUGUUAUAGUGGGAUGCAAAAUACAGAUGUAUAAAUGUCCUGUGUGCUUACUCAAUCCGUUGAUAAUAAUGGCUGAUUGUAAGUGUAAUGUAACAGCCAAGACACAGUUUGUGACAAGACCACAGUUUUUGUCAAAGACAAACACAAGUAAAUCAUAACAGAAUAGACGUUUAUGAUGAGGAGAACUGAACAGGAGGAGAGAGAUAUUAAUUCAUUUGGCUUAAAUUUAAUACGGCAAGGUUGUAUAAAGUGGAUGUUAUAGGCUAGCUAUCAUUAAAAUAUGCAGCCUACUUGUAGUAAAACAGUCACUGUAGGCUUUAAAAAUAACUCAGAAUAUUUCAUAUAAUAGAUAGAUAGAUUGGUAGGUAGGUAGAUAGAUAGAUAGUCUAUGAAAAUGGUUCUUAGCUUUAUUGUUGUUUUCAAUCAGUCAUAUUUGUUUUGAGUCAUUGUUAAUUGAAUAUUUUAAAGGUUUUGACAUUGACUGGGUUUUUUCCCUCUUGUAUGAUAAUUCUUCAUAAUUAAACAAUAAGAACAAGUAGUGUGAUGUCUUGUAUUUGUUGUUAAGGUAUAAUUUAAAAUACAAUACUGCUGAUUUUGAUUUUCCAAGCACAUUAAGUUCUUGUACAAAGUACUGAUAUUGAAUCAGUAUUGUUGAUACCAGCCUGAACUUUACCUGGUAUGGGAUUGGAAAGGAAAACAGAGAUAUUACUGUCACAUAACUGCUCUCAUAUUUAGUUAUUUUAUGUUUAAUGUAUCUCUCUUGUUUCUGUUGUUGGGUUAGGUUCCUGUCAUAUUUUAAUAGAUACUGGUACCUUUGCCACUUAUUC